AAUUCCGCUCAUAUAUCUGUUUGAUAUACUGUUGCUUCUGCUACCGAAACGCAAAAUGGUACAUGCUUCAGAGAAAGUUGUGCGUUGCACUGUCGUCGGUGAUGGUUUUGUUGGAAAGUCAAGUGUGAUUAAGAAAUUUAUUGGUGGACAAUUCAGCUCUGAAUACGUCGCUACUAUUAAGGAUGAAUACUCCAGUAAAGUGUAUGCAAAUGGAGACGUUUAUGAUCUGCAUGUCACUGAUAUUGCAGGAGAGCAUGAAGACCUGUCGUCUCUUCCCACACCUGAUGUAUUUGUCGUCUGCUUUAGUUUGGUUGAUAAAGACUCCAUGGACAGUAUUGAAAAUUUCUGGCUUCCAAAAGUUCGAUCCUUGGGGAAACACAUUCCCUUAGUGCUUGUGGCUACUCAAUCCGAUCUGCGAAAGGAAAAUGAGAAUGGACAUAUUUCUACUGAAAAUGGACAAAAAAUUAGCAAAACUCUGGGAACAGAGAGCUACGUAGAAUGUUCCGCAAAAAUGAACCUUGGAAUUCAAGAGGUUUUUGAGAAAAUAGUGUGUGCAAAAAUUCGCCAUAGCAAGAAAAGGAUAAACAUUAUAAAACGUGUCUUUGGACGCUGACGAAAAUAUCCAGCACUUUGACAAGGUGGCCCUUGAGUCACUACUGAAUAAAAUGACGAGAAUCUAAGAGGGACUUCCGAAGUUCCCAGGAGGAUGUCCAAUUCCCCCGUCGACGCCCUUUCUGCGGCUAUCUCCAAAUAAGCUGUCAAUAGAAAGACUAGGCUUCCAAACUGUCGCAUAAGGAAAUACAGGUCUCAAACGCCAGCGGUCCAGGGAGAUGUUCAGCCACGAAACUGCCUCAAUCCAAGUGAAGAGGUGCAGUAAACCACAGAGAAAUACCCCUCCGCUGAAGAUAUUGUACGAAAACACUCAUGUGUUUGAUUAACAUUAAGCAUUGUAAAUAAAUUUGUAAAUAUUAUCUGUGUUUUGAUUAAAAUUAUUAAGAUAAUGUUUUUGUAUCAUCAAAUAAAAACAAUUAAAAUA